GACCAAGAUUUUACUUUUUUUUAUUAUAUAUAAUACCACACACUCACACACAUUUAUAGACACAAAUAUAUUUAUUUAUAUCUUUUUUUAUUUUUUAUUUAAUAAUUAUUUUAUAAUAAAUAUUUAAUACCUCAAUUUGUGUGUUGUUAGUUAAAAUAUAUAAAUUAUAAUAAAUAAUAUAAAUUUAUAUUAUUUAUAAAAAUUUAAAAAGAAUUUAAUUCUGGCGUUUUUUUAAUUCAGAAAAAAUUAUUUAAAUAAAAAAAAAUAAAAACAAUAAAAAUUUAAAAAAUAAAAAAUUUUUAUUUAAAAAAAAAAAAAAUUGAUAUUAUUAAUAAAAACACAAAGAUAGCAAAAUAAACAUACCGAACAAAUAGAUAAUAAUACAUAUUAAAAGUACUACUAGCAAUAAAUAAAAAGAAAUAACAUAAUAUAGUAAUAGCAAUAAAUAUUUAAUAAAAAUAAUAAUAAAUAAUAAUAAUAUUAUAUAUAUAGCAUAGAAAAAAAUGAGUAAUCCACAGUUUGAAGAAAUGGAUCCAGUAAGUGGAUCAUCAACCAUUAAAAUAAACAACCAGCCAGGAAAUAGUAUAAACCUAGAAGCAAUUUCAAAUUUUAGAAGUUUAGGGGGUUAUCCUAUUGGAAAUGGUGAAAUGGUUGUUAGACCGGGUGUAGUUUGUAGAUCAGCAGGUCCAACCAACGCAACAGUUAGCGAUGAAUUUUGGUUAUUAGAGGUAUUAAAUAUUAAAACACUUAUCGAUCUUAGAACAUCAUGGGAAAAUAAAACAAUAUCACCAGUUAGAAAAUUUGAAGAUAAUUUUAUUCAAUACUCAAUUAAAGAUGAUGGUAGACAACAAGUACAACAAGUACAACCACAAUUACAAGUAUCACAACCACCAGCACCACAACAAUAUCAAUCUUCACAAGCACAACCAAUACCAUCACCAAAUACACUCAAUGUACCACCAACAUCAGAAACAUCACUUACCAACAGUUAUAGCUCGAGCCCAACUGGAUUAAGUGGUAGUCUCAGUAGCAGCGGCAGUGGAAACGGUGGUGUAAAUUUAAAGAAAUCAAGUAAUACCAUACCAAUUGCAAUUGAAAAAAAGAAUGAAAGAGAGAAGGAGAUGGAAGAACAAAGAAAUGGAAUACUUUGGAGAAUAUAUAAUAGAAAUUUAACACCAGACGAGUUACUCAAACUUCGUUCACACAGCAGUGGUGUGCUUAGAAAAAGAUUUUGUAUUCCUUUAAUUAAUAAUAAGUUCUUUUUAGAAGGUGUUUACACUACAGCCCCCAACGAUACUAAAAUGAAAUGUACAGCAGCUCGUUAUUUAUUAUUCAACGACCAAAUCGGUGCAUACAUGUUGAUGAACCAUCUCAAUGAUUUGGGUAUUAUAGAAAUGUACAAAUUAACCUUAAUUUACACCAAAGAAGAAAUCCUUACAAUCUUUAGAAUCCUUAAAAAUCCAGAUAACUAUCCAAUCAUGUACUAUUGUUCACUAGGUAAAGAUCGUACUGGUAUGGUUACUGCUUUACUCUUAUCAGUAUUGGGUGUACCAAGAGAUUACAUUGUCGAAGACUAUGCCAAAUCUGAAGUUAAUAUUGCCCCAUUCAUGGAACAAAUUAGAAGAUACUUUACAAGAGUAGGCUUGGCCAAAGAGGAGUUUGUAAGAUCCCAUCGUUGGACUAUGGAGGGUCUUUUAUCUUGGGUAGAUAAAAUGUAUGGUUCAGUUUCUGGUUACCUAGAUAACAUUGGUUUCAGUUGUGCUGAGCAAGAUGAACUCAGAGCUAAUCUCAUUGUAUCAAAGGAAGAGUACGAUCAAUACUUAAACGAAAAAUCACAAAUACCUGACCUUCAAAAACGUCAUGAUGAAUAUGUACAAAUACAAAAGUCAAAGAAACCCCAACCAAAAUUCUUCACUUCUGCAAGUCCAAGAUUCUGGAGACGUCUUUCUUUUUCAAAAGAUUUACAAUUUAAUGCUAAUGAUAAUUCUAGAUAACAUUAAAUAAUAACAAUAAUAAUAAUAAUAAUUUCAUCAAAAAAACUUUUUUAUUUUAUUUUUAAAAAUUAAUUCUUUUUAAAAAUAAUAUUUAAAAGAAAAAUAACAUAAUAUUAAUUAAUUAAUCAUCUUAUUUAUUUUUGUAUUUUUCAAAAGCGGAUACUUUUUUUUUUUUAAAAAGAAAAAAAUAAAAUUUAAAAAUUUCUUUUUUUUUCAAAGAUUUCUUUUGUAUCAGUUCCGAUC